UUUUUUUCAUUGUCACGGAGCCUUGCCGAGCCUUGCCCGAUGACGCGAUAAUUCUUCCACAGCAAUAGUUUGCGAGUUUGCUUGUAAGCUAUUUCCCCAUGCCCAUGCACCUUACGCCCCUCAAUAAUUGUAUUCUCAAAUUGACUUUUUGGGUAUUGACUCAUCCAUAUAGAAACAUAAAUUGUUCGAUUGUCCCCUUCAGAACUGGAAAUAUUCUUCUUUUUACUUUCCAUCUUCAUAUUCAUAUUGCUAUUCGUAUUCAUAUUCAUCUCUUUCAAUCAAUUACAACGAAAUGGCAUCACCACAAGAUAUCGUUGGAGCCAGUGGCCUCUCAAGAAUGGUCUCUAAUAGCCUGAGCGUGUCUCCUACAGCAACCUUUCAUUCUCCUCCAUCAAGCUUUGGGCCCGGCUCGGUUCCGAGAGCGACAGCAAGAACCGAUGCAAAGCAAUUGAAGCCAUUCGAUACCCAAGAUAUCAAGAUAUUACUCUUGGAAAAUGUCAAUCAAAGUGGGAAAGAUAUCCUUUCUGAACAAGGAUAUCAAGUCGAGUCCUUGAAGAGUUCUUUACCAGAGGCCGAAUUGAUUGAAAAGAUUCGGUAAGAUGAAUGAUGCAAGAUGAAAGUAUACUUUGUUAACGGCUAUUAUGCAGAGAUGUCCAUGUCAUUGGAAUUAGAUCAAAAACUAAGCUCAGCGAGAAAGUCCUUCGUGAAGCCAAGAACUUGAUUGUGGUGGGAUGUUUCUGUAUUGGCACAAAUCAGGUCGACCUCGAAUAUGCUGCCGCACAUGGUAUUGCAGUAUUCAACUCCCCUUUUGCCAACUCCCGAAGUGUAGCAGAAUUGGUCAUUGCAGAGAUCAUAGUUCUUGCUCGUCAACUCGGUGACAGAUCGAAUGAAUUACACAAUGGAACCUGGAAUAAAGUUAGCAACAAAUGCUGGGAAAUUCGUGGAAAAACUCUCGGUUUGUGACCUUACACAUUGUUUUUCCUUCACUGGGUCUGAUUUUCAAACUUUUAGGUAUAAUUGGUUACGGUCACAUUGGUUCACAACUAUCUGUUCUUGCCGAAGCCAUGGGCAUGUCGGUAAUCUACUACGAUGUCGUCAAUCUCAUGGCAUUGGGUACCGCUAAACAGGUUCCUACUUUGAACGAAUUACUCAAUACUGCGGACUUUAUUACAUGCCAUGUUCCAGAACUUCCGGAAACUAAGAAUCUUAUUGGCAGAGCACAAUUCGGUCAAAUGAAGGAUGGCAGCUAUCUUAUCAACGCAUCACGCGGUAGCGUGAUUGAUAUUCCAGCUCUUAUCGAAGCCUCAAGGAGUGGAAAGAUCGCCGGUGCAGCUUUGGAUGUAUAUCCAAGUGAACCAGGCGGAAAUGGUCCUUACUUCACAAAUAGCUUAAACUCUUGGGCGGAGGAUCUUCGUAGUCUCAACAACAUCAUUCUCAGCCCCCAUAUUGGUGGCAGUACCGAGGAAGCUCAGCGUGCUAUUGGUGUUGAAGGUAUGUGCUUUCUCAGUAAGCGAAUCGUCCUUGACUAACAUGAUCUCUCAGUUGGCGAGGCCCUUGUCAGAUAUGUGAACUCUGGUGUCACUCUUGGAGCUGUGAACUUACCAGAGGUCAAUCUUCGUUCUCUUACAUUGGACGAGUCCAACCAUGCAAGAGUAAGUUCAUUAUCUACAGCUCUAAAAUAAACGUACUGAUUUUUUAGGUCAUCUACAUCCAUCACAACAUUCCUGGUGUAUUGAGAAAAGUUAACGAAAUUCUCGGCGACCACAAUGUAGACAAACAGAUCACUGAUAACAAGGGCGAUGUAUGGAAAUUGGUGUAUACCCACUGUUCUCGACAAUUUGCUAAUUGUAUCUAGGUUGCAUACCUCAUGGCUGACAUUAGCAAUGUACAAACUAGCGAUCUGAAGGAGAUUGCUGAUAGCUUAGAAGCUUUGAGCUGUAAGUUCUCUUAUACGCUUGACUUAAUCAUACAAUACUAACACAUUUAGCACGUAUCCUCACCCGUGUACUUUAUUAAAUAAUGAAAAAAUAGAUAUGGAUGUAAAAAUUUUGCAUAGGGAGUUUCGAAUUAAAAGGGCAUUCAACAGGAGUGGUGGCGCUUGGCUUGGGGUUGCAUCUAGACAAUCCCUUCAACAAAGGCAGGGCAGGAGUUGACGAAAAAUUGUGUACCUUAAAAAUUGGAAAAGUAGAUAGGAAGGCUUUGCAUUUUAGGGAUAGGAUACAAUCCAAUACAUGUUUCAUUUGGAAAAGAAAGAUUU